AGCACCCACUCGUCCACGUCGCGAUGUCGAUAUGAGGGGAAACGUAAACGUCACGUUUUAACUGUCAGUUUUACAAUAAAACUAUAUUAUAAUCAUCGUAAAGGCAUGUAUUCGGUAUCCCCAUGACUUUGGGUUGCCAUAAGAAAUGAAUAAAGCGAGAAAGCGACUGCCGGCGAGCGGAUCGCAAGCGUCUGUCAGGAGACAUGAAGAACAGUUGCCCUGGAAGAAACAGAAGCUCUUGGACAUCCAUCAGGCCCUGAACAGUGACCCCGUGGACAUCGAGACCCUGCAGCGGGCGGCUCUGAGCGAAGGAGGUUUGCUGACGGAUGACAUCAGAAGAAAAGUUUGGCCCAAACUCCUCAGUAUCAAUGUGUACAAUCUGCCUGCAAAACCCUCCAAAGAUGUCCGAGAAGACCACAAAGACUACAGACAGGUGGUGCUCGAUGUCAAGAGGUCAAUGCGGCGUUUCCCGAAAGGCAUGCGUGUGGAUGAGCGAGAGGUUCUCCAGGAGCAGCUGAUUGACAUCAUUCUGGAUGUUUUGAGGAGAAAUCCUCAGCUGCACUAUUACCAGGGUUAUCAUGACAUCGUGGUGACCUUCCUGCUGGUGGUGGGAGAGAGGAUGACCAUCGCAAUCAUGGAGAAACUGUCCAAUCAUCAUCUCAGGGAUUUCAUGGACCCCACCAUGGACAGCACAAAGCACAUCCUAAACUACCUGAUGCCCAUUCUGGAGCGCAUGGACCGAGAGUUACAUGACUUCAUGAUCAGGUCUGAGGUGGGCACCAUCUUCGCCCUCAGCUGGCUGAUCACAUGGUACGGUUACGUCCUGUCGGAUUUCAGACAUGUUCUGAGGCUCUAUGAUUUCUUCCUGGCGUCUCACCCACUGAUGGCCAUCUACUUCGCCGCUGUGAUUGUGUUGUACAGACAGAAGGAAGUGAAGAGCAGUGAGUGUGAUAUGGCCAGCGUUCAUCACCUGCUGUCUCAGAUGCCUCAGGAUCUGCCGUACGAGGAGCUGAUUGGUCGAGCUCAGAGCCUGUUCAUCAGCUGCCCGCCCUCUCUGCUGACCCAGUCUGCAGCGCUGCAGUCACACAACAUAAUCGCCAUCAGCACCUUUACUGACUUCCAGACGUCGACGUUGAGGCAGCGUCCCGACUCCGUCCUUCGUCAACAGCUUCAUAAGCGGCAUGAAAACCAGCUAACUCUUCCCAUGAGCCCCCAGCCAGCGAGCACGAACCAGCUAGUCAAAAUGGCAGUGUGGGGUCUGUCGGCCACGUUAGGAGCGGCGGCGCUAGCUGUGGCUCAGACCGCCAUGGACUGGGCUCCGGAGUUUCUCUCGCAGCUCUUCUGACACCAAACGCCUCGCUCCCAUGUGCCAAACAGGGUGUACUGCAAUUGCAAAUAUGUGUUAAGUGAUGCAAAUCACCCGGAGAGAAUGAACUGUAGCUUAUUUAUUUCCAAACCAUGCUGUUGUUAUUAUUUAUAGAUUUGAGCCUUGCUUGUAUUGGCGAAGUGGGAGGAGUCAAACAAGGUUUUUGUAAUCAUAAGCAUUUCUGGAUGUCGUUCCAUCAGCAGAAAGUCAGAGAAAGUGCUCUGCUAGGCUGUUCUCAACAGCACAAAUGAUUAAAAGGUUGUUGUUUUUUCUGCUGAAUGCCGUCAGUAGUGAGUGAAGCUCAUUAAGCGAAGAAAACGGGUGAAAGACCUCAGAGACUCGCCGGUGAACACAGCACUUUACAACCACAGAGCAAACUACACUCAUGCCUUCAGGUGCUUCAGAAAUCAACCACUGUCCUCUGUGAAAAAUUACCAAUAAUUAAAACAAAAUUUGGUUUGCAAAAACCAGUGACCAGAAUGGUUAAAAAUGUUCAUUUAUGGCAAGACACCACAUUAAUAGGGUAAAAUAAAUUAACAUAUGCUGUAUAAGUGAUUUUUUUGAACAUUUAUCUUGUUUUAAGAAUUUUAAGAUAUCUUAAAAAGAUUUUUACCAAUUUCUGGUGUACAUUUCACACUGUAAAAUGUUUUGUAGGAUAUCAUUUGAAAAUGUUCACUCAGAAAUUGCUAGUAAAUUUCACAAAUAAUUACAAAGAAAUGACAUUAACACAUGGAAUUAUACUUGUAAAAUGUAUUUAAAAAGCUGAAACCGUAUUUUCUUGUCUCAAAUAAUAAAUCAUAAAAACAAUUGUUGGAUUUCAAAAUUAAUGUGCUUUAAAAAAAACACAAUCUUUAGUUUUUUGCUUUUGCAUUGAAGUUGCGAAUAAAACCAAGAUCAUUUGAAUGUUACAAAAAAAUAUUUGAAUAAGCUAAUUCAAAGUUUCAUGUUCAAUUUCAUGUGUUGCUUGCAAUUUCUUAGUACUUUAUAAAAUUUACUUGCGAUUUAUGAGUGAUGAUUAUUUCGACACCAAAUGUUUUUUCAGUGUAUGACAUCCAGGGCACAAAUUCUGUCCUGUAAGACUGACUUCUAACAAGGCCAUAUUUAAUUUGACAUAAUUUAAUAAUGGAGUGCAGUCCAUUUAAAAACUCCAGAAAACACCGUAGUUUGGGUUACAUCAAAAUAAAUGACUAAAGCUUCUGAUUAAUGUUAUAUUGACAGGUUCAGCCCUUCAGCUCUGUACUUUCUUAAAAAGUCAGCUCCUACCCUUAGAAGCUGUGAAGCCGUCUAAAAAAAGAGCAAUGCAUAUCUGUCUCAGUCUUGUGUUUCCAGGCAGGCGGAGCCCGACUGACAACAGGAAGUGAUGUCAGAGCUUCCACAGCUGGCUGCUUCUGUUUGUGCCUUGAGUGUUGAUGAGCGGCUGUUACCAGACGGUGCCCUCAACCCAAAAUCACCACUGCCAAACAGGAAGACAUAAUGUGUUUGUGUGAAGUAAGUCUUCAUCCCGGUGAGGGUCAGAAUGGCUUUGUUAAUAGGAAUUUAAUUCAAACCAAAGUGCUAUUUAUCAGGUUUGUGUUGUUCAAAUGACAAAUGAAUAUAAGACGUUUCUGGCCACAGAAAACUAAAUAAGUUUAAUACAGUAAAUAUAAAAUAUGUCUAGUUAACUUAAUUUUACUGAGAGUAAUUGACAUAAAAUAAGUCCAAAUGCAUUAAAAUAAGAGUUAUUAAACAAUAAUGGAGUGCAAUUCAUCAACUAAAGUUCAAAAUAUAUAUAUUAUUGGGUAAGAUUGUUUUAGAAAGACGCUGCUCACUAAAGCUGCAUUUAUUUGAUCCAAAAAAUAUAAUUAAAAUUGUGAAAUAUUAUUGCAAUUUAAAAUUACUGUUUUCUAUGUGAAUAUAUUUUAAAAUGUAUUUUAUUCCUGUGAUGCGCCUCUGUAUUUUCAUCAUCAUUACACCAGUCUUCUGUCACAUGAUCUUCAGAAAUCAUUCUGAUAUGAUAUCAUUGCUGAUUUGCUGCUCAAGAAACAUUUCUGAUUAUCCUCAAUGAUGAAAACAGUUGUGCUGAAUUCUAUCUUUUGUAAACCCUCAUACAUUUUGUUUGUCAGGAUUCUUUGAUGAAAAAUAGAAACCUUCUGUAAUAUUAUAAAUGUAUUUACUGUCACUUCUGAUCAAUUGAAUGCAUCCUUGCUGAAAAUGUUAUGUAUUGUGUUACGACGUUAUGUAAUGUGUUAGUUGCUUUCCAAAUGUAUAUUUUACAAUCAAACACUAUGUUUUAGCUCCUUAUUUGGAAUGUUUUUAGGUCAUCAAAAGCGCACACACAAAAAAAAAGCUUUGUGAAAGAUCAACUAGAAUAA